GCUGCUGUCACUUUAAGAAUGGGGCAGAGGCACAAUAAUCGUUUUACCUCCAUUAUCUUGUUUUCCUAAACGAUGGAAGACAAAAUCAAAAUUAUGAUUAAUCACACAGCCCUAGUUGGAGGGAUUAAAAUCUCAAGAUCCCCGAAAAUCAUAAUUUUUCUCCCCUCUGGCAACGGCUCUGUGUAUGUACAUAAAAUUAUGAAAACCGCCUGUUAUUGUGGGAGGACUGAAUUGUGCUGGAUAUUAGUGAUGUUAGAUUUAUUGAGCAUUAAAAUCCAUCUUUGAGCAUAUGUGUGUCAGUGACACAAACUAUACUGAACCUCUUUUAGAAAACAAAUUUACAUCUUCAGGAUGAAACAAAUGUCCACACACCUGUGGAUUCAGAUAUUUGCAUGAUCAUUUCAUAUAACUGCGUAGCACACGGAUGUAAAACAUAUUUACUUACUGAAAAUGCAAAACACAAAAACAGUCAAAAUCAGCUAACAACUUCUGCGUUAUUUUACAUGACUUUAAUGUGUUUUAUCUCUGAGAGCCUCUCAUGUCAUGUGAUUGUAAUGAAGCUUAUAAAAUGUCUUAAUCAUGACAGACUUUCAGUGGCUGCAAAAACAUUUGAAAUUAGUCAAACGUGUAAAAAUGUGAAUAUCAUUCAUUAAGUGACAAAAUAUCACAGCAAGUGCCCUUUAUUGAAAGGAAAGACAAACUUCAUACAGAUUAAGUUUUGUUCUAUGAAUAGUGGUUAAACUUGACAUCUUCUGUAAUCUAACAGUUGCAAAAUAAUCUAAAUAUUGAAUAACCACUAAUAAAGGUUAUACUUUCAUUGGAAUCUUGUUGACAAUAUUAAAUAUAAUUGUACACUUACAUUGUUCUCUGAACAAAUAUGACUUGAUAAAUUGGACCUGAAUGUAAAUGACCAUUAAAACCCAAAUAAACAUGAUUUUCAUGUAUGCAAAUCAACAGUAUGUCAGUUUUCCAGUGUCUCUGAACUGUAGAUCAUAAUUGUACAGCUUCAUGUGAACGGAUGAAACUCUCUCUCUCUUCUCUUGGACUGUGGACUUUUCAUCUCAAGAAUGGUGUUUUUGGGAAUUAUGUCUCGACAAAAGCAGAAUUUGCUGUGGCUGAUGAUCGUCUGUUGUGCUUCACACCAGAUAACCUGCUCAGACGAACCUCAAAUGCUGAAAAUUGAAGUCAAUUUGACAGAUAAAUGCUUCUGGAACACAAGUACCCCAGAAGAUCAAGAAUAUCUAUCAUCUUAUUGUACACUUGAAAAGAAUUCUCACAUGAACGUCACACUAAACAUCUCAUCUCAGGGACAGUGCGAAACAUACAGUUUCAACAUAACAAACAAUGGGGAUCAAUGUGAAGUCAGAAUGAAUGAGACGUUUGCAGGCAUAAAGCUGUGGAUAUUCCCAAAGGAUAAUUGUCUAACAACGUUUGAGUCGAAUCCAUCAGGUAUGAUUUGCCGUCAGAUUGGCAGCAGCAGCAGCGAUCAAGAGCCAGAGGAAGACUCAGAGAGUGAUGGGGAGCCCACUGAGCAUGAGUCAGAGCCAGAGGAAGACUCAGAGAGUGAUGGGGAGCCCACUGAGCAUGAGUCAGAUUGUUUCCCUCCUGUUGAUCCUGAAGAGAGAUGUAGAAAUGCUAUAUAUGACAAUCAUACAUGCAGAGAAGAAAGAAGCACAUACAUUCUGAGUUUAAAAGACAAUAAUUGGAUGUGUGUGACCUGCAAAAACAGUGCUGCUCUGGAACCACAUGAGAUAACGUACAAUAAAGCUGGUUUAGAAGACGAGGAUGGAGUUGUUGAUCCCUCUAAAGCAUCGGAUGCCUUGGAGGAUUUGGAUAAUCUGAUGGAGCAGAUGAAAAACAACAACACAAGGGAUGCAGGGCUUGUCAUAGGGAACGCUAUUGGUAUUCUCCAAAUACAAGACAACACCACAGAAACCAAAGACAUAUGCUACGCUUCAGAUACAAAGAUUAUCAACGUUGUUGAUUGUCAAAGUGUCCCGAAUAGAAACUUUUUUUGGUCUGUAAAGAUUUCCAAGGAGGCCUUUAGUAAAUCACGUUUAGAAAACAAAGGAAAUGCAUUUCUUGGAGUUCUACGGUUCAAUAAUAUGGGAAACAAGAAUCAAACUAAAAAUCAGAGUGUUUUGAACAAUGAGGUUUAUGGAGUAACGAUGAGAGCCAAUAUCUCCAACCUUACCAACAAUAUAGAAAUGUUCUUUUCACAAAAAGAUCUGGUCGGCGAGCCAUCCUGCGGUUCUUGGGAGGGAAAAGGAAAUCUUACAUGGUCGACAUCUGGCUGUGCGACAGUAAAAAACGACAAUAUAUUCAUAAAGUGCUCAUGUUCACAUCUGACGUUCUUUGCAGUGCUGAUGUCUCCCCCAGAAAACAUCACAGCACCAUAUGUGAAAUCAUUGAGCUUCAUCACUUCUAUCGGCUGCGGCAUCUCCAUGUUUUUUCUGUCCGUCGCUCUGUUCAUGCAUUUCCUGUUAAGGAAAGCCAAAUCAAAUCAGGCCACGAAGAUCUUGAUCAACAUGUUUGUGGCUUUAUUUCUCCUGGAUUUAUCCUUUUUGUCAAACGAGAGCAUCGCCAACACAGAAGUCAAGGCUGCGUGUGUCUUCAUAGCGCUGCUCAUGCAUUACUCCAUGCUGACUACAUUCACCUGGUUCUUCAUUCAAGCUCUUCAUAUGUACUUAUGGCUCAUCAGAAAGAACGUCACCAUCACAAACUACAUGAGGAAGAUCACCGUGUUCGGCUGGACACUUCCAUCUCCUAUAGUCGUAGCUGUUGUUUCUGUAGGAGGAUAUAAAGUAUUGAUUAUAAACACAACGUCUGGAAAUACAGCACAAAUGUGCUGGAUUACAGAUCCUUUAAUUCACUACAUAGUGAACAUUGGCUACUACACCUUUGUCUUCAUCUUCACGGCAGGAAUCCUUAUCAUGAUCGUCACUAGGAUUGUCCAAGCCCGACACAUAAGAGCGCCUGAUGGCAAGAGAAAGACGUUCAGAAAGCAGCUCAUGAUGGUGUUGAGUUUGUUCCUGCUCUUCGGCCUGACGUGGGCUGUGGCGUUCUUCAGUUAUGGAGAGAUGCUCAUUCCCUCAUAUUACAUCUUCACCGUGCUGAACUCGUUUCAGGGGUUUUUCCUCUUCCUGUAUUACUACCACAUUCACAAUGACAUCGAAGGUCAUUUCUCUGAUGAUCCAGAAGUGUCCGACUCCACCACAACCAUCAUUCAAUCCAGAAAUAAUGCUGUGGAAAAUGUUAAUAAUGAGCCUAAUUAAGACAGAAACCCAUGUUCUCUCUUAGACAGCUGAUAAGUCAACAGUUCAGUGUCUGAAUAUACUAGUCGUGUUUAAAUACGCUGUACAGUUUAUGUGUUCAGUAAUAAUCUGUCUAAUAUGCUGUAUGGUGAGGUGAUAUAACUCAUAAUGGGAUUAUAAGUGGAAUCAUUCACUAAACAAAAAGUUAAUUUAACACAUACAUGAACAUCAUCACUGGAAGAUACUUUAAAAUUUCUCAUAUUGUACGUUUAGAGUAACUGUAACCCUAGUUAUGAAAUAUAUUGACUGACUUUUGAAUGUUUAAAUUGUGCAGUGAACAUUUCUUAAAUGUAGCUAUUAGUUGAAAAGAUGUCAAGUAAAAAGGGUUUUGUUUCAAAUAAUUAUGCAUUAUUUUUUCCGCUAGACUUUUAUACUUUAUACUAAACAAAAAUUACAUUGUUUCUUAUAUACAGUGCAUUAAUGAGAGCUAUAGUAAAAAUUAUCAUAACAGCAUGAAUUUGUGCAUUAUAUUCAAUAUCUUGAUUUAGUCUUUCUACAUAUAAAUAUAUUAAUAGUUAUGUUUCUUAUUGCAGGUUUGUUUACAGUAAUGUUUUUGAUAUGCAUUUACGAUAGAGUAAUAUAUGCUUGUGUAACACUAGAGGGCGCUGUGAGAUUGUUCAGUGUAACUCAUAAUUGAGUCUGAGGCUGGAGUUGGAGAUGUGAAUGAGAUAAUUGAACACAGACUCAGUGCAACACAAGUAGUUGUAGUUAAAACCACCCAUUGUCUCAAUACUUGUGAAUCACAGUGACUAAUAAACUUCCUCUAUCCAGUUGUGCAUUUCACCUGUUGAAUUCAGAUUUACUGGCUUUAAUGUUGUGCAUGUUUUGUUUUGUUUUUUAUGUUCACUGAGGAACACAAAUAACUUGCAAAAAACUCACGCUGCUAAUAAAUGCUGUUCUUUUGAACUUUCUA